AUGGAAGUGUUCAAGACCAUUUCUUCACUGGCCGCCGGCCAUCCCGUCGCAUUUGCUCUGUGGUCAUUGGUGUCUGCAUUUGCCUUUCAAGUCCUCCAACGAGGAUACCGACACCGCCGGUUUUACCGGAAUCUGCCUGGACCACCACACAGCGCUCUAUGGGGUCAUCUAAAGGUCUUGGGCGAGGUCUCUGCGACGAUUCCCCAAAACUCGCACCCUCAGGCAUACUACACGGAAAUUGCCAGAAAGUAUAACCUCGAAGGCAUAUUUUACCUCGACUUGUGGCCAAUUGCGGACUCAAGCGUUGUUCUGACAGAUCCAACGCUUAUGGAAGAGGUCACAGUGCGGAACCCUCUCCCGCAGCACACAAUGGCUGAAGCUUUUCUAUCCCCCAUCAUCGGCCCCAAUGUGAUCGCAACCGUCAAUGGCCCCGUUUGGAAGAGACUGCACAAUGCCAUGGCUCCAGCAUUCUCAUGGUCUCACAUACGCACUCUAACUGCCGUCAUGGUUGAUGAGUGCGCCUUGUACCGUGCCGCCCUUGCGAAAUAUGCCAAAUCUGGAGAAGUCUUCUCCGUCGAAGAGCUGUCCGCAAGGCUCAUCUUUGACGUCAUUGGUCGUGUUGUCUUCAACUUCCGUCUUCAUGCUCAGACAGCCGACAGCCCGUACUUAAAUGACCUUAGGGAAUUAGUUGACCUCGCCCACAACCAAACAGAUCUGGUUGCAAGCUACAACCCCAUCGCACGAGUGGCAAAGUGGUGGAAGAAACGCAAGGUCCUGGGCAGACUUCAUCCUUUAAUCCUCGGCAAAAUUAAGGACAGCAUUCUAGAUCUGAUGCUCCGAGAACAUAUACUGCAAUCUGAAUCGAGCGGUGGAGGUAAAACAGCAAAGCAAAUUAGUCUAUCAGACACGGAUACCCAGCUGCUUCUGACUAACAUUAAGGGAUUGCUUCUUGGUGGUCAUGGUACUACCACUGACAGCUUAUGCUACAUUCUCAUGCUUCUGUCACAAGCUCCAACAGCGCUUAGAAAAAUGCGACAAGAGCACGAUGACGUCUUCGGCAAAGACUUUGAUGGUACUGUAGAAUUGCUACUAGACACACCAGCAAAGCUUCAGGAUCUUCCAUAUACAGACGCUAUCAUCAAGGAGUCCCUCCGCUUGUUCCCAGUGGGCUUCACAGUUAGGGAAGCAGAUGCCGGUGCCAAGCUUACAGUUCAAGGUAAGAGGUAUCCAAUUGAUAGGCACCAGGGUGUUGUCUUGAAUGGCCACGAUAUCCACUAUAACUCGGGCUUCUUCCCGAACCAUACCGAGUUUCGCCCUGAGCGUUGGUUAGAUUCAGAAGAAGGAGUUCCACGGUCGUAUUUCAGGACUUUUGGUCGUGGGCCCCGCGCAUGUCUGGGACAGAACCUCGCCAUGAAUGAGCUCAAGGUCAUUUUACUAAUGAUCGUUCGUGAUUUUGAGUUUGAGUGUGCUGGCCUCGAACCAAAUGCAAAACCGAAGACGUCGUAUACAAACCUCGAUACAAUUUUUGGGGAUAUCAUCUUCCAGGAAUUGGGAAUAGAAGCAAGGCCGAGGGGAGGGAUGAUGAUGACAGUCAAGAGGAAUAUAUGA